GUUCUUUUCACGCUUUUUUUUCCCCUAAAUUCGAUUGCCUUACUGUUUGAAUCAUUACUUCCGCACCCUCAAAACCUCAUCUCUCCGAUGAGAUCUCCAUCUCCACCGAAACCGAUUCCCUCCAUGUCUCCUUCUUCCAUCUCAACAAUGAAAUCUCCACCUCCUCCAGCAGAUACUUCAAUGGCCAUAGUGGCUUACGACAACUCCACCACUCACUACUCUUCUUCUUCCUCUCCUUCUCCUCCACACUCGCUCAACGGAUCAGACGAAGAAGAGAGACGUAGCAGCAGAGCAGAGAGCAGGAGGAGCAAGAACUCUGUAGUAAAGGAAGAACCUUUCGCUACUUUGGAUCACGAAACUCCGUCUCCGAUCGUUGUGGUUCACAACAACUCUUCUGUGAAGGAGUUUGUUGCGACGACGACGAGGAAGAGUGCGCGUGUUGGCUCUGGAGGAAGAAGAAGCGGUGGUGGUCAACGAUCUGGAGCUGUGUUGGCGAUUCUGAAGAGGUCAAAGAGGGAAAGAGUUGUAAAGUAUUCAGCUUUAGGGUUUAGGUUGAGUGAAGUUGUGUUGGCUUUGAUUUCUUUCUCGGUUAUGGCUGCUGAUAAGACUAAAGGGUGGAGUGGUGAUUCUUUUGAUCGUUACAAAGAGUACAGGUUUUGUCUGUCUGUGAACGUGGUUGCUUUUGUAUAUUCUGCUUUUCAAGCAUGUGACUUGGCAUACCAUCUUGUCAGAGAGAAGCACUUUAUCAACCACCACCUUCGACCUCUGCUUGAGUUCAUCUUAGAUCAGGUACUUGCAUAUAUGCUUAUAUCAGCAUCAACAGCUGCAGUGACUCGUGUUGACGACUGGGUUUCAAACUGGGGAAAAGAUGAUUUCACUGAGAUGGCGAGUGCCUCCAUUGCUAUGUCUUUCUUGGCCUUCCUUGCCUUUGCUUGCAGUGCCCUCAUAUCAGGCUACAACCUCUUCAACCAAGACUCUCUCUGAUCGUCCCCCUACCUUUUUUUUUGUGUACAGUUAAGUCCCAAGAACACACACUUUCUUGUGUCAAAAUAUAUAUCUGAGAAAUAAAAGAUCAAUACAUCUUUUUUAGCAUUAUAGUUAUUAAAUUAUUUUGGAUUUUUGUAGACAUAAAAGUUUCAGGAAACUGUGUAAUAUUUGAGGUUAAUAAGAGAGACAUAAAAGACCUUUUAAUUCUGUUGUGAA